GUCACAGAACAGACGCCGACACAGUUGCUAGCACGCGAUUAUUCAUAUUCCCGUGAUAAAUAGUGAAUCAAGUUAGAUUGACAGUCAAUAGUUGAUAGUCAUUGAUCAGACUUCAUAACGUCAGUGAAUUUGGAGGCAUCAGUAUGGUAGGGACAAGGGUCUAUGUCGGUGGGCUUCCAUACGGCACCAGGGAAAGAGACCUUGAGAGGUUUUUCAAAGGAUACGGUCGUUUUCGCGAUGUUCUCAUCAAGAAUGGCUAUGGCUUUGUCGAAUUCGAUGACUACAGGGAUGCUGACGACGCCGUGUACGAGCUCAAUGGCAAAGAACUUCUUGGCGAGAGAAUUACUGUAGAGAGGGCCCGGGGGACACCUAGGGGUAGUGACCAGUGGCGCUAUGGUGACUCCCGUGGUGGUUAUGGGAACUCGAGGCGAUCCCGAGACGAUAUGCGGCACGACAGAGAUAGUGUGAACAGAAACAUGAGGACUGCAUCUAGCUACAAGCAAUCAUUGCCCAGGUAUGGACCACCCACUCGCACUGAAUAUCGUCUAACAGUGGAGAAUCUCUCUACUCGUGUCAGCUGGCAGGAUUUAAAGGAUUACAUGAGACAAGCUGGCGAGGUUACUUAUGCUGAUGCCCAUAAACAACGCAGAAAUGAAGGAGUUGUAGAAUUUGCGACAUACUCCGACUUGAAAAAUGCCAUCGACAAGCUUGAUGACACUGAGUUGAAUGGCAGAAGGAUUCGUCUAGUUGAGGAUAAAAGGAGAGGUCGCCGUUCUCGCUCAUCGAGCUCGAGAUCCCGUUCUCGAUCACGCUCACGCUCUCGACGUCGCUCCCGCUCUCGCUCCAGGAGCCGCCGCAGCUCACGUAGCCGUAGCCGUCGCAGCAGUCGCUCCAAGUCGAGGGCACACUCCAAAUCCAAAUCUAAAUCCAAAUCCAAGUCUCCUGAGCGCAGUCGCUCACGUUCCAAGUCCAAGUCCCGAAAUCACUCUAAGUCAAAAUCUAAAUCACGAUCUCGCUCAAGAUCCAAGGCUGAGCGUUCCAAGUCCAGAUCCCCAUCUAAAUCAAAGGCAAAGUCUCCGUCAAAAGAACGCUCAAGCCGCGAAUGCUCCAGGGGUGAACGAUCACGAUCUCGCUCAGGCAGUAAACACAGCAAAAGCCGCAGCCGCUCUCGAUCGCCAAUGAACGGCGAUAAAUCGCCCCAGAGCACCAGCGCCAAGGCCGACUAAGCGUCAUCAACGAACUUGUCAUAAUAAUCAAGAAAGUGAAUUAAUUUGGACAGAAAGAACGAGUGACAGAAAAAAUAAUGCAAUUCACGUAAAUGGCGCCUACAACGUAUAUCGUUGGAAAAUCAUCAAUCUUUUAUAUAAAGAAAAAAUUGUCUGAAGGCUCCAGGCAAAUUACCCUUUCCUCUUUAUGAAUCUUACUUUCGUUAAUGAAUUCAGCUAAUUUUAUUUUUCAAUUUGAUACCGAAAAAUUUGCCAAUUCUCUCGAACUAUCACUUUUAAAAUAUAUUUUUGUCAAUUGAGAAGAUAACUUCAGUAAUAUCAAUUGACUUUCGACUUUUAUAGGUGAUGAGUCGUGUUUCAUUAAUUAAUAGUUGAACAACCAAUAAUUUUUUGGUUCUUUCUGUUUUGAUCCCAAGAAAAUUGUAAUAAAUGUAACAAGAGAACGGAAAAAUGAUGAAUUAUUACACAUUCGCACGCAUUUAGAUUACGAAAUUCCUCAUCAAAAACAGUUAAUCAUUGAAUUGUACAUUUGUGACAGACAGAAAAUUUGAUUCAAUGAUUUGUUCGAUGUAAUAACUUGGUAAUAACUUUUGGGAGACAGCAAAAUAAGGCUUUUCUGCCUUUACCGUGGCUUUUUGUAUAUAAUCCUCUCCCUCCCCCUCCUGUCUGAGUACAUUAUGAAUAAGAUGAUGAAAAUUAAUGAUAAUGUGAUGUGUAUUAAAAUCUAGGUAAGUCUUAUUAUGAUCAAUAAAGACAUCCCACAGUUGUGAAAAA